AUAAAGAACCACCAGAGGCUUCUCACAGAACUUUAGUGGAGGAAUUCAGGUACGAUUCAACGAAGCUGACUUUGUUUGACUACAAGCACAAAGAUAUAAACUCGUCCCUUUUUUAUUUUGACAUAGAGGGCGAAUUUACCUCUGAAAAAGAUUGUGUUUAUGAUAUACAUUGCUCAUGCUUGGGAACAUCUUUGCUUUAUCUAAACGGCAAAUUAUUCAUAGAUGAUAAAACAAGCCAAAAGUUGGGAUUUGCAGCAAUAGGUGCGAGCUCUCUCGGCAAGACCAAGUCUUUGAAAAUUAAGAAAGACGAAACAGUGAAGUUUAAAAUUGAAUUUGGAUCUGCUCCUACUUUUACGUUGGAGACCCUUGAUCUGGUGGGAUCAAACGGCGGAGGUUCGUUGACUGUUGCAAUUGGAGAAAGGAUCCCUGAUGAGGUCAGAAUUAAAGAUGCAGUAGACCUCGCAAAAAAGGUCGAUAAGGUCAUACUUUGUAUUGGAACCUCCAACGAAUUGGAGAGCGAGGGAUUUGACCGGCCUCACAUGGAUCUUCCAAAACUUCAAAAUAAGCUUGUUGACGAAAUACUGAAAGUCAACAGGAACGUGAUUCUAGUCAAUCUAUCUGGCACGCCUGUAACUCUCCCUUGGAUAGAUGACGUCCCUGCACUUUUACACGGAUGGUUUAAUGGGAUGGAAUCAGGAAAUGCUAUUGCAGACGUACUAUACGGAGACGCUAAUCCUUCCGGAAAGCUUUCUCUUUCUUGGCCUAGACGUUGUGAAGACAAUCCUUCCUUUUUGAACUUUAAAUCUGACAAUGGUAAAGUUGUCUAUGGCGAAGACGUUUUCGUUGGCUAUAGAUAUUAUGACAAGUUGCAAACGGCCCCUUUGUUCCCAUUUGGAUAUGGUCUUUCCUAUAGCAGCUUUGGAUUCCAGAAUCUGGAAGUGAAAGUUGAUGGCAAGAACGUGAACUGCACUCUUGAAAUUACGAAUAUUGGGAAUGUUGCUGGAAGUGAGGUCGCUCAGUUAUAUGUUUCACCUCCAUCAACAACGACUAUCGUGUCAAGACCUAUAAAGGAGUUCAAAGGUUGCAGUAAAGUAUACAUAAAGCCGCAUGAAACAAUUACUACAACAAUCUCCGUGCCUAUCAAAUAUGCAUGUUCCUACUUUGAUGUUGAAAAGGGAAAAUGGUCCAUUGAGCAAGGUGAGUAUUCGGUGUUUGUUGGAAAUUCGUCGGAUUUAGGGAAUGCUCUCUCAGAGCAUUUCAUCAUUGAGGAACCAGAAGUUUGGAGCGGUUUGUGAUAAAAGGACCUUCCUUCUAAAACUGAGUUCAGGCUACACGUCCUCACGCUGAUUCCGGGUAAAAGUAAUGAGACACCAUCUACUGAUACUCGAAAAAAAAAUUAAAAGUUGUUUUUUCAAUGUGGCAAUGUUGAGGCUCCGCUUCCGCGGAAGUUUGAUUUGGGUAUAAGACAAGAUAAGUAGAAAAAAAGUUUAGUGAUUUUUUAUGAGUUCGUCAAUUCUAGUGAUUGGAGCUGGCACCUUUGGUCUCUCGAUAGCACUAGAGCUUGCAAGAAAUGGGCACAAGGAUAUCACUUGCCUUGAUAAAUAUCCGGUACCCUCUCCCAUUGCUGCAGGUAACGACAGUAAUAAGAUAAUCAAUUACGGAGGUAUAAUUGACCCUAAUGAAAAAUUGGUCCCAUCCAAGCAAAUACGAGCAGAGGCAAUUCAUUGCUGGGCAACAGAUCCCAUCUAUUCACCUUACUACCACCCGGUUGGAUUCAUCUAUGCAGCAUGCUCUGACGAAGCUCUUUCUCAUAGAAUGUCCCCUCUGGCAACGUAUCUGGAUGGUCCUCAAAAAAUCGCCGAGCAAAUUCCUGUGCUUACAGGUCCAUUGACGGGCUGGCGAGGUGUCAAACUGAACCCGGGAGAUGGUUGGGUUCAUGCCCGGGACUCUUUGAAAUCGGUUUACGAGGAGUGCAAAAGUUUGGGUGUGAAGUUUAUCUUUGGCUCAGACGGCGAAAUUAUUUCAUUAUCGACCUCCAGAAACUCUAUUGCCGGAGUUAUUUCCAAAUCGGGAAAGGAAUACAAAUCAGAUAAGGUGAUUCUUGCAGCUGGGCCAAAUGCAGCUACGAUUCUUGAUUUCAAGUUCCAGCUGGAAGCGAAAGGUUUCACCCUUGCCCACAUUAAAGUUAGUGACGAAGAGGCCAGAAGAUUUAGAAAUCUUCCAGUAAUCUACAAUGCUGAACAAGGAUUUUACUUUGAGCCAGAUGAAAAUAACGAGGUCAAAAUAUGCAACGAAUUUCCGGGAUACACGCACUUGGAUGAUAAAGGCGAAUCAAUCCCGUUUUUUGUUGAGGAGAUUCCGUUGGAAGCGGCUAAGGCAAUUCGUCAAUUUUUACGGGAAACCAUGCCAGAGUUUGCGGAUCGUGAGUUCGUGAAGACCAGAACAUGCUGGUGCACUGACUCUCCAGACAGACAGCUUAUAAUGGAUCGGCAUCCAGAUUAUGCAAAUUUGUUUAUUGCCUCCGGAGAUUCCGGCCUCUCAUUUAUGCUGAUGCCCGUUAUCGGGAAAUAUAUGAGCAAACUAGUGAGGGGUGAACAAAUCCACAAUACGUGGAGAUGGAGGCCCGAGUCCGCGUCAUCCAGGAAUAGUAGCCAGGCUCGAUACGGCGGGGAAGGUGUGGUGAAAGAUUUGAAAGAGAUAAGAGAUUGGGUUUCUGCUACCAAUCCCGAACCCCACGACAUAUUUUUUCAUAGAUAAGGGUCGCUGUCCCCGUAGACUAAAAUGGAUUUUUCCG